GUGAAUUCAAGAAGAAGCACGUAAAUUGUCAAGCUGUUUGAGAGUUACGCGGUUUAAUAAGGGUAAUUUUUAAUAAAGCAAGCAGCCAUGUGGCCGGUUAUCUGGACGGCCAUGCGUACCUACGCGCCUUACGUAACCUUCCCUGUGGCCUUUGUGGUGGGUGCCGUGGGGUAUCACCUGGAGUGGUUCAUCCGGGGCACUCCAAAACCGCAGCAAGAGGAGAAAAGCAUUCUGGAACUGAGAGAGGAAAGGAAAUUGGAGGAACUAGCGGGCCAGGACAGUACUCAGGUCAUUAGUCUGAAGGACAAGUUGGAGUUCACUCCCAAAGCAGUACUUAACCGGAACAGACCAGAAAAAAGCUAGCCAAGACUGUUGGACUGACUCAUCAUUACUCUCUAUGCUUAUGUAUGGGUGGAUGUACUUGAAAUCACUGUGGACUCACUGUAUCUUGUUCCACUGACUCCACUGGGAGACUAUGUUCGAUCUUAUGGGGUUAGGAUGCAAAUGCAUUUCAUUGUCCAUAAAACUACUCUACCACUUGGCAAUUCAAAACUCAUCAAUAAUAACCAGGCUCGCUACACCAGCUGCUGAAAUAAGUUAGUCAUGUGUUUUUGAUGCUUUUAGCCUCAAGAGUUUAAUUCUCAGUCCAGCUCCUGAGGCACUAGGACACAUGACUGUGUUGCCCAAGUUGGUGGAAAGUUUCAGUGAAUUUUGCAUGAGACUGCUUACCCAUAGAUGCUCACAAGACUGAAUCAGAAAGAAAGGCUUCCUUGUUAAGUGUGUGAACAUUAUUGUGUCUUUUGAAACAAGGUUUAAUUUAAAAUAUGAAAGGGACCUGGAAAGUGUUUCUGAGUAAACAAAAAGAUACAGGGAGCUUCCAGUAAGCCACUAUUUGAAUCUCCCCUAGUCUCUCAAAACUGAAAAAUAUUUAUGGACUGUUUUGGUAUGAAACCUCGUUGCCUGCAUCUUUUAUUGAUGAGAUGCAGCUCAGAAGCUCCUUUUCUGUUUCUCAGUUUUGGAAAGUGGUCAGUUUUGUCUGUUGAGUAUUGUCCAUAGCUUGUUAUAUUCUCUCAUCUGCUUUCGUUUUGGAAAGUUAAAUGGGGGUCGACCAGUGUGCCACCUAACCAACUGAACACCAGAAUGUUAUGAAUUAUAAAAUAAAUGGA